AUAUCUUGCUAAACGAACCGGUUAAAUGACGAUAGUAAAACAAGAUCUCGUAGUAGUUGGUGGACGUCGAGUAGAAGAUCGGAGAUGUUCGAAUCGAUUUCCGUUUGCAUCUCGACUACUACGAACCCGCCUACGACGGGUUAAUUAUCUCUGCUUUUAAAAGCUUCGCCGGUGAGCAACAGCAGUAGCGGUGGUGGCAACGGCAACAGCAACAGCAACAGCGGCAACGAUAUAUACUCGCCUUCGACUCGCCUUUCAUGCGCAUCUCUUUUCAUACUUGCUCUAUCUUUCGCGCGAAGAUAAAACGAAGCUGGAUAAAAACACGGUGAAAGAUAAAAGGGCGGGCAGAGAAAGGGCUGGAGAAAGGGAGAGUUUCUAAGGGAAAACUUACUUUCGAAAUGGUCGCGUUUGAAGAUACCGACAAAAAGAAAAAACAAGAAGAAAAAAAAGAAAUAUUAUUAAAUUUAUAAAUAAUCUCAUAUCUUAAUUAACGACAUGUAACUACUGCGUCACUUGUAGAUUACUUUCCCGAGGGUAGAAAUGAAAACGAUUAUAAAAAGAAAAAAAGAAGGAAUAUUAUUAUUUCAUUUAUUUAUUUUCCUUUUAAAGAAUUAAUCUUUACAAAAAUCUUUACAAAAAAAUUUCGUUCAUUCCUAAAAGAAAAAAAAACUAAAAAAAAAAAAAUAAAAAAAAAAGGAAAAGAAAAGUGAUCUCGUUUGAAAGAUCGUUGCAGUUUAGAAAGAUCGCUAUCCGUCGAAAGUUCGAAGGUUAUAAUCGAGAUACCAACAUAAUUAUUAUCUUAAAGAAAGAAGCGCGAGAUAAAAAAAGAAGAAUAGAAAAAAAAAAAAGAAAAAAAAAAAAGAAAGAUCUAGCAAGUAUGAGUGUCUCUCCGAUCAUUAAAAGCGCGCUUUUCUCGGAGUGACGACACAAUGUAUUGAGAUAUCUCGGCGCGUCGAAGAAAAAGAGAAGAGUGGGGAUCGUUCUCCUUUGCUGGGACCGUGCGUAUCCCCUACUCUUCGGCUCCGUAGCUUUACCCCCACCAAAGGUCAUCCGAUUAACGGGCGUCGCCGGCAAGCAGCGACGAAGUGCCAGAGGCGGCAGUCCGCGCUUGCGGGGCCUUACGAGAGGGGGUUUAUAGUUCGUGUCUCUCUCACUACGACGUAUCACGUUACUUCAUCGAGAUUAAUCGCGAUUGUCUAUAAUCAUAGAGAUAUCGAUUGGAAUGUAUAUCGUUUGACGAACGGGAAUAAUAAAAGCGAGUUUAAGAUACUUUUAGAAAGUCGUUUGAGGGGAAUAAGUCACGUGUAUAAUAACUACAACGACGUAGUCGUCUCUCCUGUGUGUUGUUUACCAGAACGAUAAGCGUAUUCAUUGUUUGGAGGAGGAUACUCGUAUCGUAAACGCAGACACCCUCUCCCCUGCCCUCUCUUGCCCUCCCCUCCCCCGUUCGACAUAUUAUCCGUUUCUCUUUUUUUAUUUAAAGGCGAUACCAACACGCUCGUGACAGAUCAACACGUUUGUUUCGUCUAAUGUGUUCUCUCUAAUGGUAUUGGUAAAAGGACGUCCUAUCAACCAAAUCAUGUAUUGCUUACGUUAUAUUCAUUAUUAUGUUUAUAAUAUCGAUCGUUAUGUUUCAAUAUAAAAUCAAGAGGAAAAAGUGAUCGAAAGGGAAAGCUAUAUUGCCUUAGGGAACAUAUCUUUAGCGAAGAGAUAAAAGAGAAGUAUCGUUAAUAGAAAAACUGGACGUUCGAAGUUUCUCUCUGUUGCCUUUGUAUGUUAGCAUUGGUUCUGAUCGAGAAGUCACCGCGAGUACUCUCACGUUCUUGGAACGUUUCUUCGUGGGGAAGAAAAAGGAAGAAAGAGAAAGAGUGAGAGUGAGAGAGAGAGAGAGAGACAGAGACAGAGAGAGAGAGAGAGAGAAAGAGAAAGAGAGAGAGAAGCGUGGGUCUUCGUCCAACAUCUUUCGACGUCCACGGCUGGUGCAAUAAGAGAAAAGCUUGUCCUGGAAAACAUCGAAGUGAGAUUACUCUCCUCCUACGAGAGAAUAGAUCGAACUGUCGGGAGGAAACAAGAAUACGUUCGAUUCUAAGAAAAUAGAGGAUCGAUACGUCUUCAUCGUAAGUAAGAAGGAAAGGAAGAAAUAAAUAAAGGAAGGAAAAAAAUUUGGAAAAAGGGAAAACGCGAAAGAAGAAAAGGGACUUUGUAAAAUAAAAAAAAAAAAAAAAUAUUUAUUUCUACGUAUAGCCGGAGGCUAUCAAGACCCUUGGCUGAUCAAGAUAGGUCCUUAUCUACUUGAACGAUCCGAACGAAGUAAACGAUCGCUAGGUGAAUAUCUCGUGGGUGGAGAAACGCGAUGAGGGGGAGGAGUCGAGGUACUUGGUGAAUUACGUUUUAAACCACCCCCUCUAACCCCCCUACUCAGAACAGUCCGCCCGCCAACAGUCUCCUUGUUCCAGCACCGGUGGAAAAACUUUUUCAAGUAAACAGUAAUUAUUGUAGGCGAGAGAAGGCGAUCGUGAUUAAUAAUCGGCACCGGUUGAACAUCGAGAAACCUCGUGAGAAGAGAAUAGAAGGGAAGGAAAUAAAGAGAAGAGAGAAAAAGUAGCAGCGUGGGCGUUCGUGCCUGUGACGUGUGACGUGUGCGUGUGCGUGUGCGUUUGCGUGCACUCGCGUAUAUGUAUGCACAUUUACAACACGGAGGACUACGUACUCCUUCGUACCCUGGGUACAAAGAGUGUUAAAGAGAAAGAAAAAGAGAAAGAGUUGUACGAUCGUGCAAAUGAUCGUUCCCUUACGAUCCUCUCGAUCGUCGAUCGUCUUAGUGGAUGCCAGAUUGCCUGGAUGCCAGUUUUGGAAGGCGGAAUAGCAAAGAAGCGUGGUGCCGAUAGGCUCGGUCGCAAAAUGCGAAUGAGACUUUGCACCGCAUCGAAGGAGUCCUAUACGCUGCUCUCCAAGAAACGGAGACAGCAGCUCGAACAGUCCGUAUAUUGCGAGUCCGAAUCUCGGAGGAGCGCUGUGGAAGAUGAAAGGCAAGACGUCCAUGGCACCAAUCAGGAUAAGAUAAAGGGAACAACAACGCAAGAUCUCUUUGAAUUGUUGGAGAGAGUUCAAAGUUCUCGAUUGGAUGAUCAACGAUGCGUAUUGCCACCAUAUUUCUCUCAGUUAAGGAAAGCUGAGAAUCUCGAGUCCCGAGAAAACAACAGCAACACGGCAGGAACGGCUGUGGUGGCGGCAGCGAACUCGACGACGUCAGGUUGGGUUCCUGCGUCGAGAUCGAAGGGCGCAUUCGAGAGAGGGAACGAAGAGGGGAGAAAGAGAGAGAGCGAGAGAGAAAGGAGGAGGAGGAGGACAAGAAGCACGGUUAUGAUGGGAGUACUGCGCUGGAGGCACGAUCUUAGAUCGGAGGCCGGCCAACAGGCAGGAGGAACAGCAACUGCAACAACAGCAACAGCAACAGCAGCAGCUGGAGCAGCUACGACAACGACGCAGCAACAGCAACAGAGAGCCAGUUCUGGUCAUGGCAAUCAUGCGCAUGCGCAUGCCUUGCCGAAAUUACUCUCACAGACAGCGAGAGACGAACGAGCUGCAUCAAGUCCGAGUGGUGCAGGUGGACAAAACAACCACUCGUCUUCAUCUCCAUCGCCCUCUCCUGUCGGCGAUGCACCUCUUGGACGAGCCCUUAUGGAGGCCGCACUUCAACAGGCCACUUCCGGCUCGCAGGAGCCACCCUUAGUCGUGACACCACCUGGUUAUUGGUUAGAUGGAACCGAUCAUCGACAUACCUUAGACUCGGCAGGCAGAGCACUACUUCCUGCUCAGCCAGCCUGGCAACCUAGGAUAGAUCAGGAUGACACGGCUAAGUGUUACAGGCGUUUCUUCGUUGGCAGAGAACAUGUGAACCUGAUAGGAAGGGACAGCGAAAAUGGGCCGGUCCUUGUCUCGGUGAAGGCCGAGACGGUCGCUGGACAAGAACACUGGCGAGUAUUGCUGAGAUUACGUGCUGGUUCAACGCAUGAGUUAGUCCCAGCAGCAUCUCUUGGACCGAUUCCUUCACCAGCGAAAAUGGUUAAGACGAUCAAUGACUCCUUGAACGUAAACACUUUGAUGCCAGUGGUAUGUUCAGGGGCUGGUACUUUGAUAGCUCAAUAUGACGAGCAUGCACUCGUUUCGAGAUUCAAAUUCGGCGUACUACAUCAACGGGCUGGGCAGGUGACCGAGGAACAGCUUUUCGGUAAUCGCCAAAUCACACCUGCUUUCCAAGAAUUUCUUGAUCUUUUGGGGCAAAAGAUCGACUUGAAAGAUCACAAAGGAUAUCGAGGUGGUUUGGAUACUCGACACGGCCAAACAGGAGAUUCCGCGGUUUACGAAGUAUUUCGUGGUCGUGAGGUUCUCUUCCAUGUAGCUUCGCUUUUACCGUAUAGUCCAGGUGAUUCGCAACAAUUACAACGCAAGAGACAUAUUGGUAAUGAUAUCGUAGCGAUUAUAUUCCAAGAGGAACCUACACCUUUCAGUCCUGAUAUGAUCGCUAGUCACUUUUUGCACGCCUUUAUUGUCGUGCAAGUCGUCGAUCCAUGUACGCCUAACACAAGGUAUAAGGUGAGCAUAACGGCGAGAGACGACGUACCUUGGUUUGGUCCGGCCUUACCAACACCUGCUGUCUUCCUGAGAGGCGUUGAAUUUAAAGAAUUCCUUCUUACGAAAUUGGUCAACGCUGAAAACGCGGCUUACAAGGCUGAGAAGUUCUCAAAAUUAGAAUUACGAACUAGAUCCGCUCUGUUGGAGUCCUUGACGGAAGGAUUGCAAGCAAAAACAACGGAGUUCUUAGGUGGUACCAUCGGUUUAGGAGGUAAUUUAGCAUUCGGUGGGAAUUGUCCUGUAAGCCCAACGGCAAGUGACUCUUCGGCUUCCGGUGGCGGAGGUACUGGCUCAAGAUUUAUCGAUACGGUACGAAAAGCAUUGAUAUCUCGAGUGAGAAAUGCGUCGACCGAGAGUGUACCUCAACAACUCGCUAAAAAGGGUGCUCAUUCUGAACCAAGUCCACCAAGUAAUCGACAAUCCAACGGAAAGAUAAGUGGAAAACGAUCCGUUGAACCGUCAAGUCCAUUGGGUUCGCCAGAUUUGACUUUACGAAGGGACUCAGAAAGAGGUAGUCCUAGUUUGGGAAGUCAAGACAGUAGUUUGUCCAAUACGGACAAUCAGGAUAGCAGUUUGGCUACAUUGCAGCAGGAUGAGGUAGAUCGUAGAGAGUCUAAUACAGGAAUUGGUGGAGUAAAUGAUUCCACGAGCACGGAAAAGAUCACUACGGUUUCCUCGGUACAACGAUUAACUCAUGAAAACUUGAGAAGACAGGAACGAACAGAAAAGACCGAAGUAACACAACGCGUUGUUUCCGAGAGCGACGAUAGUUCAUUGAACAGCGAGCUUGAACUCGACCAAGCUGUUUAUCCUGACAGCGACACCGGUCUUGAAUCUAUGAGUUCCGCGGAAACGCACGACACUACGAGAUGUAAUGCCAAAGACGGUGCUGCGGAAACCGAAACUUUGAGGAUGGAAGUUACUAGACUUAAGUGCGAUAAGCUGGACUUAUUGAGACAAAAUGUGACUUGUCAACGCGACAUUAAACGCCUUCGAGAGAAAGAGUUACAAUUGCAAUCUGACUUAGCAGCAGCAUCGAAAGAGAUUCUCCGAUUAAGGGCGAUGCUUAAAGAAUGUUCGACGAGCAUUCCUUUGGAUAACAACAAUCAACAAACGUCCACCGUUUGAAGGACCGUCGAACGCAUUUUUUGAUUCGUUAUCGCUAACGGUUAUUACCGUUAAAGAUCGCUAUAUUUUAAUCGUCGAAUGGGGACCGACCAAUUCGUAAACUUCGUAGAUCUUCCACUCUUCCGAGAUCGUUUCUUUUAAAAGGGAAUCAUUUGUUGUGUAUAUAUAUAUAUAUAUAUAUAUAUAUAUAUACACGAAAAAACUUGCAAUCAAUGCUUUCUUCCUCGGUUCGCUUUUACGACUGGGUUUUCUUAGAUAGCGAUUGGUACAAAUUCGAUAAGUCAUAAGGGAUAUGUAAUUAAAAUGUAAAGUCAAAGACGACACAGUUCUUUCGAAGUGGAACUCGUUAUUAGAACGUACAACAGUAUAGAUUCUGAUUGUUGAAGUACUUGUUUAACUUAUAUCCCAAAUAUUUAUCGAUUAAUUUAUUGAUAGAUAUAAGGUAAUCCCUUGUAGUCAAUAUAGUUGAUAAUUCAAUAGAUAUAAAUACCAACCGCGAUACAAACAUCUUGUCAUUAUAAUAUUAGUCACUUUUUAAAGUGAAAUGGCCUUUAGAUCUAGCAUUUGUGAUGCUAAAAAGAGCACGCAAAAAGUAACGCACCAAUGCAUAUGACCGUGUAUUAGUUAAGUGUAGGUCACUUAACUCCGAUUAUACUUCUCGCACACAUCUUACAUAGUAUAUAUAUAUAUAUAUAUUUAUUUACAUAUAUAUAUGUUUAUAUAUACAUAUAUAUUUAUAAAUAUGUAUAUAUAUAUAUAUACACUACUGUAAGUAGUAAUAAUACAAACAUCUAUUAAAAUCUUUGAAGAUUCGGAUUUAUUAAUUUACCGAUUAAGUCUAAUAAUAAUGAUAUAUCUUAACAAAUUCGAGAAUCUUCAAAACUUAUGUGAACAUGUCGCAGGAAAGUAAUAUUUCUCGAUAAUACGUUGGCACAUUAGUGAAUAUAAAUGUCACGCAAGUUAAUACUUCAAUAGAUACUUCCAUCGUCUCUUAAAAUCGAUUUACAUAAUUCGACGAAUCUAUUGAUCAUUUUUCUAAUAAAUUAUUCUAUGAUAUACGUAUAUCUAAUCGGUCAUUGCGUUAAAAUAACAUUAAAAGAAAAGUAACAUACAUUGUUCAUGUUUUGUUAAUAUGAAAAAAAAAUAAGAAGAAGUUAAAUAUCACUUGCUGCUUUAUUUUGUGCUAUGUCUCCGUUAGUUUUUAUUAUUAGUAUUAUGAUAUGAUUUAUAUGUAUAUAUAUAUAAAUAUAUAUAUAUAUAUAUAUAUAUAUAUAUAAAAGUAUUUUAUAUUAACAAUAACGUUUUAAUUGAUAUAGCUUGUGUAAAUAAUUGAUCAUCCAAGUAGAUGCAAAUAUUGACAGGAUUUAGAGAGAAAAAAAAAGGAAAAAGGACAAAAACGUUCACUCACAACACACGUACAAUACCAAAGCUUAAUAUAGUUGAAGUCAUUUCUUUUCUUUCUCUACAUUCCUUUUCAUACAAUAUGCAUUGAGUUACAUAUAGAAUAUAAUAUGUAUCGUAUACCUUCGGCACUUGUGAAAUCUUUACUAUACUUAUCAUUCAAAUUUCUUCCUUCAGAGCACAUUAGAGGUGCAUAUAUAUACAUAUAUACAUAUACAUAUAUAUAUGCAUAUAUAUAUACACGCACAUAUAUUAUGAAUACUUUGCUAAAACACCACGGAUAUCACUGCCUAUACAGUAUCACUUUGCAAUUCCAUCUUUGUCAUUUAUAAAAGUAAUAUUACAAAUAUUAUAAAUUGUUAUCUUAUUAAUGUCGAUAAAAAUUGAUAAAUUAUAAUUUAUUAUAAAUCACCGAUUCGCAAUAUGUUUCAUUGUUUUUUUUUUUUUUGUAACAAACGAUUUGAAUUAAAAUUCGUUUUUAAUAAUGUAUAUAAUGUAAAAAUUGCGUUUCUCGUUAUAUUUGUGGUUCGAUUCCGUAAACGUGUUCCGUCACUUUUUUCUUUAUUUUUUUUUUCUUUUUUUUUUCUUUUUUUUUUUUUUUUUUUUUUUUUUUAUAAUUUAACUAACUACUAUCGUCUAGUUCUUAUGCUGGCCUUGCAAAAUCAAAGAAAGAUGAUUUAUUACAAUGUAUUACAAAGAGGUACGCGUUACUACGUUUUGAAAGAAAGUGAGAAAGAAAGAGAAUAAGAGAGAGAACGAAAGUAAGAGAGUGAGAGAGGGAGAGAGAGAGAGUGUGUGAAAGCAUAACAGAGUGCGCAUGCGCGAGAGAAAGAAAGAGAGAAUACUAUUGCUAUAAAUAUAUAUUUUGUAUUUAAAUAUUAAUUAUUCGAAUCUAACUAACUGAACUGCGGAUACUAAUUAUUCUCUGAUACUAAAAUAGGAAAAUAUAUAUAUAUAUUUCUUAUGACUGGUAAGAGUAUUCGCAUUCUGUAUUUUCUUGGUUUUCUUUUCUUUUUUAUUUAAAAAUUUUUUUUUUCUAAUGCACAACUGUCGACUCGUAUAUCAACGAUAAAUGAUGUCCACCAAUAAAAAAUAAAAAUGAUACAAAUAAA